UCCAGCAUGGCUGCUCCCGUGUGUCGGCGUGUGUGUAAACACUUGUAGCGCUGCCGGCAGCAAGAGAGAGAAACGGCCGACUUUAUGACAACUUGAAAUCUCCCAUCGGGUUCCGGAAAUCCACUUCUUCUGUUGGCAAAGCAGCGGGGGGGCGAAAUGAAGAUCAAAUCCAAGUCUUCGUAUCACAAAUCUGAGAACACCUACAGGUUUCUCACAUUUGCUGAAAGACUUGGCAACGUCAACAUCGACGUCAUCCAUCGAAUCGACAGAACUGGGUCUUAUGCUGAGGAGGUGGAGACAUACUUCUCAGAGGGGCUGACAAAAUGGAGAGACCUCAACUUAACAGAGCAUUUCACUACCUUCCUGAAAGAGGUGGCCAACAAGAGCCAGUCCUUCAACAUGCUGGUUUUCCAUCAGGCGUCCAUAGUGGAAAGCCUGAAAACUCACCUGGCGGUCAAGAACAGUUUGGCCUACCAGCCCCUGCUAGAUCUGGUGGUGCAGCUGGCCAGAGACCUGCAGACGGACUUUUAUCCCCACUUCCCCGACUUCUUCCUCCUUCUCACCUCCCUGCUGGACACGAAGGAUACGGAGGUGCUGGAGUGGGUUUUCACCUGCCUCUCCUAUCUGUACAAGUACCUGUGGAGGCUCAUGGUGAAGGACAUGACCAACAUCUACAGUUUGUACAGCACGCUGCUGGCACACAAGAAGGAGCACAUCCGCAACUUUGCUGCUGAGAGCUUCUCCUUCCUGAUGAGAAAGGUCCCAGAUCUCGACGCCUUGCUGAAUCACAUGUUCUCAGACCUGGAGCAGCACCCUGACAAGGUGGAGGGCGCGGGUCAGCUGCUGUUCGAGAUGUGCAAAGGGGUUCGCAAAAUGUUCCACUCCUGUGCUGCAACUGCUUUUCCUGCUGCCUGGAGGAAGCUCGGCUCCACCACCUGCCCCGGGGUCUCGCUGCCCUGGACCGCCGUCAGGGACGCCCUGGAUCACAUGGUCCAGGCAGCGGCCGGUUACGUGGACAAGGAGCACUUCCUGGUUUUGUGGGAAUCGCUGCAGGUCAGCGUGGAGGAGCUGUCCGACGCCGUGGGGAAAACGGGCGAGGCUGCACGCGAGGCGAUGGAGCAGCUGGAGAGGCUGCUGUUUGUUCUCCACACCCUGGCGUCCCACAGAGGCGGGGCUAAAGUCACCAAGCCGGAGAUGGUCUGCAAGAUGGUCGUGCGGCUGAUAGAAAGCUGCUCCCUGUCAGCCUCCUGCUCCCGCCUCCUCCUCCAGAUCACCUCCUCUCUGCUGCUAGGGGAGAACAUCAGUCUCCCAGGCGUGCUUAUACGAGAAACCGUCCAAAAGGUAUUUAGCAGCAGGUUGGAGCAGGAUCUGAUACUGGAGUUCACUAAGGAGAUGUUCACCAUGGAGCAGUUUGAGCAGCUCUUCCUCCCCAGCCUGCUGCGCUUCACCGCCGGGCUGCUCGGACGCGGGGACGCCCCGUCACGCCACGGCGCUCUCGACGCUCUGGUCCACCUCAUCCUCGCCAAAGCCCCGCCCCCCACCGACGGCUCCAUGGCCUUCGAGACCUACCCGCUGCUGUUCGCCGGCCAGACCACAAGCGGUCAGGAGGCGGAGCGGCAGACGGUACCAGAGCUGGUGCUGUCCCUCAUCAAGCUUCCGGAGGAGCAGUCCAUCACCGAUCUGUCGCUGCCUUGGGCCGCGCUGGUUCUGCUGCCUCACCUCAGACCUCUGUCCCCGGCUGCCGUUCUCCCCGCUGUGGCCGCUUUUUUAAACCGCCUGCUGGACGACAUCGAGGCAGAGAAAAUGGGCAAAGCGGCCCUGUUUGCAGCCAGACAGGCUCUCAGCUGCCUCCUCUCACUGGACGGCUCCGCCCAGCUUCUCUCGCUGGUCUCUGUGGACAAAGUCUACGCCGUGCUGCGGAGGUUCCCCACCGACGUGUCCGCCCUGCUGCUCGGAGACCUGUACCAUACCCGCCUGUCGCUCAGCGGCGCAUCAGAGCGCCUCUCCCACGCCGCGCUGCUGGAGAUCCACGAGACGCUGCGCUCCAACCUCUCCUCGAACGUCUCCAAGAUCCGCAUGCUGACUCUGAGGAUCUUCUCCCAGUUUGAGGCAGAGCUCCCGCCUCAGAGCGAGGAUGAGGAGAGCGUGGAGGCGCAGUCGGUGUUUGCCGUUUGCCUGCUGGCCGAGCUGGUCCCCGCGUCGGUGCAGGACUACAGGGAGAAGCUGCUCCACCUCAGGAAGCUGAGGCACGACCUGGUGCAGCGCAGCCUGCCGCGGGGGCCGGCAGGCACCUUCCAGCAGGUUCCUCUGAGGUAUCUCAUCGCCAUGCUAUUUGUCAACUUCAGGCCACUGUGGGAUGCAGUCAUUGAACUUCUUGUGACUCAUGCCAGAGGAAUGGAGAACAAGGACUUCUGGGGAGUUUAUUAUGAGCAUCUGGAGAUGGUGGCAGAGCUAGCAGAGAAGGAGUCGGGUGUGACUGACGAAGACGACGACGGCGAGGAGGAAGAGUCAGGCACACGGGCCGAGGCCGGCUGCGAUGUCAUCGAAAGCGGCGACGUGGGGGUGCUGUUCCUGGAUCAGCUCGAGCUGACCUCCGACCCCAACGAGAGGACGGACUUCCCCAACUUCCGCAGCCUGCUGUGGCGCGCCAUGGCGCAGUUCCCCGACAGGGUGGAGCCUCGGAGCAGAGAGCUGAGCCCCCUGCUGCUCAGGUUUAUCAGGAACGAGUUUUAUCCUGCCGACAUGCUCGUCGCACCGACUCAGAACUUGAGGAAAAGCAGCGAAGCUGUCCACGAGGAACCAGAGAUGGCUCUGGAGGCGGAAGAGGAGGAGGAGGAGGUGAAGGAGGAGGAUGCAAGCAAGCAGCAGAGGAAGGCGCUUCCGAGGAGGGUGGCUGCAAAGCAGCUCAUUACCCAUCUGAAGGUGUUUGCCAAAUUUACCAACCCUCGCUCUCUCUAUCUGGAGAGCAGCCUCAGUGAGCUCUAUAACCAGCUGCUCUGCCACCAGGACCAGCAGAUUCAGCGUGUGGCGCUGGAGUGUGUCCUCACAUACAAAGACCCCGACGUAGUCCCCUACAAGGAGAACCUUGACCGGCUACUGGAUGACAAACACUUCAAAGAGGAGAUCGUCCACUUCAACAUUUCCGAGGAAACGGGCGUAGUCGAUGCUUCCCACAGAGCCAAGCUGAUUCCUCUGCUCAUGAGGAUCCUGUUUGGCCGUCUGCGCAGUAAAGCUGGCAGUAAGUUCCAGGGAAAGUCGAGCGCCGCCACUCGGUCCUCCAUCAUUUUGCGAUUCCUGGCCGGGAGCCAAUCAGAGGAGCUGGGGAUGUUCAUCGACCUACUUCUAGAGCCUCUGUGCCAUUACAGCCAAGGAUCCUGUCUGGGCGCGGUGGAAAAGGCCAUCGCUGACACGGACCUGGCCGCCGUGCUUCCUCUGGGCCGUCAGCACAGCCUGCUCAACAUCAUCCAUGUUGUGCUCCAGAAGCUGGGACACCUCAUCCACACGCACCUGCCCAAAGUGCUGCAGAUCCUGCUGUGUGUCAACGCCUCCGUCUGCACCGUCCUGGACCAAAGAGACCAGCUUCGAGCAGGAUGCGUCAGCCCCCUGAAGAACCUGAGGAGACUGGGCAUUCUCAGGAUUCAGGACUUCUUCGACGCGUUCGACACGUACAGCUUCAGCCCGGAUGAGAUCGACGCCGUUUUCCAGGCCGUUGUCUGGCGUCAGGUGUGCCGUCUCCCCACGGAGAGCCCCUACUCCCCCACCCCCCUGCUGAAGCUCAUUCACGUGUGGUGCAAAAAUCCCAGGUAUUUUCCCCUCCUGGCCAAGCAGAGGCCGGGCCACCCAGAGUGCGACGUCCUCCUGAACGUCUUCGCCCUCCUGUCGGCCAAAAACGCAUCCCCGGCCACCAUCGCCAUGGUGAUGGACAUCACCGAGGCUCUGGCCAUGGCCAAAGACUUCGUCGCCUCAGAGGCCGAAUCGGAGCUCAGCGUCAACGGCUGUGUUUUCCCACAGCCUGAAGAGGGCGCCGUCGUCACGGCAGAACCCUUACCCCAGGGCUCCAGACUCUUGCUGCCUCAUAUCUCCACCUUGCUGCGUUAUUUCAGCGGAGUUGUUCGCAACACAGACAGACUCAAGAAGAAGAAGUUCAGAGCACAGGUGGCCAAAGAGCUCAACAUCCUCUCCAAGGUGAGCCGGUUUGUGACGGACACGGAGCAGAGCUCGGUGCUCAUCGGCCUGCUGCUUCCUUAUCUCCUGAAAGGCAACAACCCUCAGGAGAUGGAGAUCGACCUCCUGGCCACCAUCCAGAACCUGCUGCGGCAGAGCGCUCAGCCCGCCGCCUUCCUGCGGCCACUCGGCAAACUCUUCGCCGUGGUUCACCACAAGCUGCCCAGACAGGCUCUCACCUCCGUUUUCCAGACUCUUUCAGAUCUGGACUCUUCACUCGCCUACAUCACAGAUUUAGCAACAAAGCUCAACGCUUUCGACAGCCGACACCUGGAUGAGGUCUACUUUGACGUGCGCCUCACGGCUUUCCAAGAGGCGACGAAGCGGGUCAAAGACAUGCAAACUCUGGACCUGGACUACAUCAGCGUCCUCAUAUACAACUGUUUCCACACGUAUGAGAUCUGUGACAUGUCGCUGGGAGACAACGCCACCUUGUGUGUGUCGGCAGUGAUCGGCCAGGUGGCAGCCGUCGGGGCCGGGGAGCAGAUCUACAGAGAUCUGAUACAACGCAUCAUCCUGGACGCCGUCCACAAGGGGCUGCGCAGCAAGACGGAGAGCGUGCAGCAUGAAUACACCUCCGUCCUCGCCUGUCUGGUGAAGAACUUCCCCACUAAGAAAGAGUUCAGAGACCUGGUGCAGCUCACAGACUACAAUGACCUGGAGUCUGACUUCUUUGAGCACAUGAAGCACAUCCAGAUCCACCGGCGGGCGCGUGCUUUGAGGAAGUUCGCCAAGCAGCUGACGGAGGGCACGGUGGCGAUGACGCCGCGCUCGCUUCAGAAUUACAUCAUGCCGUACGCCAUGACCGCCGUGCUGGACGAGAAGAUGCUGAAGCACGAGAACAUGACGUCGGCCUCGGUGGAGGUGGUGGGAGCGGUGUGCCGCAAGCUGACCUGGUCCAAAUACCUGUACUACCUGAAGCAGUUUGUCCACAUCCUGCAGACGGGACAGGCUGAGCAGAAACUGGCCGUCAGUUUGCUGGUCACUGUGCUGGAGGCUUUCCAUUUCGACCAUCAGACCCUGAGCAGAGAAAUGGAAGCUGCCAGAGCCAGAGAAGCCGAGAGCGUCGCAAUGGAUGUCGACAACGAAGACGAAGCUGCGGCCGAGGAGCUGGAGACCAGUGACGACGAGGAAGCGAUGGAGACCGAAGACAAGGCCGCUGUCCCCAUGGAGACGGAAGCUGCUACACGAGGCGAAAAGGAGGAUGAAACAGAGCGAGCAGCGGCCUCCAAAAGCACCGCCAAGGCUGCCCCCAAAGCGGCCCCCGUGGCCAGCGGGUUGCCCCAGAGCAGAGAGGAGCUGGAGUCCCUGAUCGCCGCCAUUCACCAGACCGUCAAUGACAGCGUCCUGCCGCGCCUCAACAAGUGUCUCACCGCAAAGGUAAAGCGGGACGAGGAGCACAAAGCGGUGAAGUCUAAAGAUGUGAAGGAUGAGGAGGUGGUACGAGUUCCCUUAGCCUUCGCCAUGGUCAAACUCAUGCAGACGCUACCUCCUCACAUCAUGGAGGUCAACCUCCCUGGGAUCUUGAUCAAGGUCUGCGUCCUGCUGAGGAACCGCUUCCAGGAGAUCCGCGACGUAGCAAGAGGAACGCUGGUGAAGAUCAUCGAGACUCUGGGCUGCAGGUAUCUGCAGUAUCUGCUCAAGGAGAUGCAGGGGGUCCUGGUCAAAGGCUACCAGGUGCACGUGCUGACAUUCACAGUGUACCAGCUGCUGUCCGCAGUCAGCCCAACGCUCAAGAGCGGGGACCUGGACCCCUGCAUGAACAUGCUGAUUGCAAUCUUCAACAACGAGCUGUUCGGGUCCGUCGCUGAGGAGAAGGAGGUCAAGGGCAUCGUCUCCAAGGUGAUGGAGGCGCGGCACAGCAAGAGCAUGGACUCGUACGAGCUGCUGGCCCGCUUCUGCAGCAAGGAGAGCGUCACCACGCUCAUCCUGCCGCUGAAGGAGAUCCUGGAGACCUCAUCUAGUUUGAAGGUGUGUAAUCGGGUGGCGGCGGUGCUGCGGCGCCUGAUCCUGGGUCUGCUGGAAAACAGCGGCAUGGCCUCGCAGGACGUCCUGCUGCUGAGCCACGGCCUGGUCAGCCAGAGCCUGCCGCUGCUCACCAAGAGGGACCGAGAGAAGGCGUCAACCAAACCUCCCCCAGAUCCUCGACUGCCCCCUCCCAGCUGCCUGCUGCUGCCUCCAACCCCGAAGAGAGGCGGUCAGAAAGCCCCCGUCAGCAGCCGCACCAACAUGCACAUCCUGGUGGACGCUGGACUCAAGCUGCUCCACCUGAGUCUGAAGAAAUCUAAAGUGACUUCAUCCGAGGCGUCAGCCCUGGAGAUGCUGGAUCCUUUCAUUCCGCUGCUGCUCGAAUGCCUCAACUCCAUGCAUGUGAAGGUGAUCACCGAGGCUCUGGUGGCGUUCACCUGGCUGCUGAAGUUUCCUCUGCCGGCAGUGGAGCAGAACGCCAAGCAGCUCACCAGGCAGCUCUUUGUCCUGCUGAAGGAUUACUCAAAGGCCGGAGCUGCGCGCGGAGAGAACUACCAGCUGGUCCAGAACUGCUUUAAGGCCAUGACCAUUCUGGUGAAGAACAUCAAAAGUAACAAGAUCUCGGAGACGCAGCUGCAGGUGCUGCUGGGCUACGCCGAGGAGGACAUCUACGACCAGUCGCGCCAAGCCACCGCCUUCGGCCUGCUCAAGGCCAUCCUCUCCAGGAAGCUGGUCGUGCCGGAGAUGGAGCAGGUGUUGGAAAAAGUUGCCAAGCUGUCCGUCACCGGGGGAAACAACAUGAUCCGGACUCACUGUCGACAGAUCUACCUGAAGUACCUGCUGGACUACCCCCUGGGGAGGAAGCUGAAGAACCACCUGGGGUAUGUGGUGGCCCAGCUGCAGUAUGAGCAGGACACCGGCAGGGAGUCGGCGCUGGAGCUGCUGGCCUCCAUCUUCCAGAUGUUCCCCCAGACUCUGCUGUGGAGGUACAGCGGCCUGUUCUUUGCCCCGCUGGCUUUGAUCCUCGUCAACGACGACUCGGUUCGCUGUAAGAAGAUGGCCGCCAUGGGCAUCAAGACGCUGCUCGGCCAGCUGGACAUAAACCACCAGGACAAGCUGUACACGUUCGUCAGCACCUGGCUCGCUUCAGAAAAGUCCACCCUGCGACGCCUCGGCGCUCACGUUUGCGGCCUCUUCGUGGAGGUGGAGGAGGAGAAGUUCGCCCGUCGAAUGGACGACCUGUUUCCUCUGCUGGAGAAGGAGAUCCAUGCCGACGCCCACGAGGAUAUCGAGGAGGAGCAGGAGGAAAAAGGAGCGGACAGGCUGCUCUUCAGUUAUCUCACCCUCAUCUCCAAACUGAACAAACACUGCGGUUUCCUGGAGCUCAGCAAGCCUCACGACACGCUCCUUAAAAUCUGGGGUCACGUUGAAGCCCACCUGCGGCACGCUCACUGCUGGGUGUGGCUCACCGCCUCGCAGCUCUUCGGCCAGCUCUUCGCCGCUCAGCCGGCGGAGAAGCUGGUCGCCAUUUGGAGAGAGGAGGGAGGAGACGCUUCGCCUCACCCGGCGGCCGUCGACUUUAUCACCAGCAACCUGGACAAAAGGAUGAGAGAGUUGGCUUUAACUUUCUGCCACCAGCUGCAGUCCAAGUUCCUGGACACGGCGUCAGGAGAGCAGGUGAUCAAAAACCUCCUCUACGUCGGGAAGGUGAUUUACCUCAUAUCCCCGGAGUCUGACAUCACCUCCCUGCAAGAGGUGAAAGAGGAGGAGGAAGGGGAGGAGCACAGGGAGCCUGAAGGUGGCGAGGAUGGGGAUCACGAUGAUGACGAGGAAGAGGAAGAGGAGGAGCAGGAGAACGAUGAGGAAAAAGACAACAAGCCUCCUUCUUUGCUGUGGCUCAUGAAGAAGCUGUCUCUGAUGGCGAAGAGAGAAGCAGCUUACGCUCCUAAAGUUCCUCUCAAGCGAACAUGUGUGUUUAAGUUCCUGGGAGCCACGGCGGUGGACCUGGGGAAGGAGCGCCUCGGCCCCUACCUCACCACCAUCAUCACCCCUCUGUACAGAGAGCUGGACAGCACAUAUGCCGAGCAAGAUCCAACCCUGAAGAACUUGGCACAGGAGCUGAUCGAGCUGCUGAAGAAGCAGGUGGGGCUGGAGAGCUUCUCCCUGGCCUUCUCCGCCGUCCAGAAGGAGUUUUCACAGAGGCGAGCGGCUCGUAAGAGACACCGAGCCAUGCAGGCGGUGGCCAACCCGGACAUUGCUGCCAAGAGGAAACUCAAGAAGCACAAGAAUAAAAUUGAAGCAAAGAAGAGAAAGAUCGAGUUUCUACGGCCUGGAUAUAAAGCCAAGAGGCAGCGAAGCAAAGCGCUCAAAGACCUGGCCAUGCUGCAGUGAGUCACGCACAUGGGGCCCAAGGCUGAACCGGGACUGUGACUCCUGGCUGUGGCCAGGAACUAGUGUGGCCUGCUGCUUUCUUAGAGUUUAUAUUGUCACAGGGUGACGUUUACUGUUUAAACGGAUUUGAUUGAGAACAAUUUAAUCCAUCUAAUGUCGUACGGCAGGCUUAGCUCAUGAAAUCAUGUAAAUAGAUCAAAGCCAAUUUUAUUUCCCUGCUGUGCAUCAAUAACGAGAUUGUUUGAAUAACCUUUUGCAGCUGAAAGUAGAGACUUUUGUAAGUUAAGAUUAAACCAACGUGUUUACAGAA